AUGUCGAUGUCCCCAUCUUUCCCGCCGUCCCCUCCCCAUUUUCCCUGCAGGCGGGUAUGGUGGUGGGGGGGCGGGCGGGGAGAUUUACCAGAGCGAGGCGACGACUGCAGCGUUCGUGGCGUACCGGACGUGGUGAAGCCCAUGAUGCUGCAACUCAAGGCCGCCGUCGACCCCAAGGUGCAGGCGCGCGUGGAGCUGAAGGUGGGGCGCAGCAACUGGCGCGUGAGGGGCAUUCUGGAGGAGGCCAUGCGCCUGCAGGCGUCCAUGCUCGUCAUCGGCGCGCAGCCCAGCCUGCACAGCGAUUCCUUCGGCACAGGAGCCUACUUCAUCCGCAACAAGCCGCCGCACAUGUCAGUGUAUGUCAUUCAGGCGGGCAAGCUGCUGCUCAGCCACGAGGCAGACGGGCACAUCACCGGCUCCCCUGCUGCCCUCGACGCUGUUGCACUCGACGCUGCAGCUGCAGAGGAAGCAGGAGGGGGCGGAGGCGGAGGCGGAGGGGGAGCGGGAGGGGGAGGGGGGUUUGCAGACGGAACGGGGGGGCUGCUAGGCAUGUCUCUGGGGCAGUUUGAGGCGGGAGGGCCCUUGUCGGUGGAUCAGCUGCUGGCUGCCGGCCUGCGAUUGGACACGCCGGCUGCUGAGCUGGCGGCGCUGCGGUUGCCCCCUGAAGUGUUGGAGCAGCUGCUGGCCGCACAGAUGAAAGCUGGUGGCAACCCAGGGAAGAGCAGCCGGCGGAACAAGAGCCCUCCUUUUGACGUGCCCCAGGGCACACUAGAAGGCGCUGGGUUUGACGGCUUCCAAUACAGUCACAGCGGGAAUGAAAUUCCCACUGGUAUAUCUCCUGCCCCCAUCGCCAAUGCCAGUGAAACCAAUGCUGCUAAUGCCAAUCGGCUCGGCCAGUUCCUCACUCCGCCUCGCUCCCGGAGUGGUAUGGAUGGCUUGACGUCUGUCCUCGCUAGAGACAGCCUCACUAGUAGCUCCGGCCCGCUCCCGCGCCUCUCCCCUUCGUUUAAGCCCACCAGAGGGCGAUACGAGGGAGGGGGGUAUGAGGGAGGGGGAUACGAGGGAGGGGAGUAUGGGGCCACGAAUGCCUCUCCUGCUGCAGGGAGAAAGCUCAAGGCGAGUCGCAGCAGUGUUGGCAGGCACAGGAGGGAGAGGAGCGGCGGUGCUGGCAGUGCUGGUGGUGCUGUUGACUUUACCGCCAUGGCUGCUGCUGCAUCUGGUGUGGGAGACGUGUCUCGAGGGGCAGGGCGGAAGAGCGCAGCAGCGAUGGAGAUAGAGCAGAUGCGGCUACAGGCAAAGGAAGCAGAAGCAGCAAGGCUGUAUGCAGAGAGGCGGCUGCUACAGAUGCGUGUGCAGGCACAGGCAGGGCGGGGGGAGGCGCCUACUGAGGCGAGCCCGUGGGGAGGGAGGGGGGAGGAGGGGGCAGGGCAGGAGAGUGGGGAGGAAGAGGAGGAAGAGGAGGAGGAGGAGGAAGAAGGGGAGGAGGAAGAAGAGGAGGAGGGAGAAGGGGAGGAGGAUGACGAGUUGCAGAUUGAUAUAUUGAGUGCGGCUGGGAGUGGUGUGGUGGGGUUCACAGACGGAUCCUCCUCCACAUUUGACCUUAGCUCCUUAUCCUCUCGCUCACUCAGCGGCGGCCCAGGCUCAAACAGCCGUGCGCUAACGAAAGAUGCUUCCCAGAAUAGCAACCUUUCCUUUACUGGAGGGUUCGAGUGUUCGUCUGUCAGCGAUCUCCAGGUCGACCUUUUGGGCGGCAGCUCGUUGGGUAUGGACAAGGGAUCGGGCAGCACAGAGGGCGGCAAGCAGCCAGAUGCUGAUGUGGGUUUGUCUCUUUCCAUGUCAGAACUCCAAAUCGACCUACUUAGCCCUGAGGAGAAUGAGAGGAGGGGUGAUAAGGGCGAGAAGGAGCAGGAGGAACAGAGAGGGGGAAGAUUGAGGGGUGGAGGGGAGUUGGGAGAGGUACAGGAAGAUGAGGAGGAGCUUGACUUAGGGCUUAGCCUGGUGGGCAGUUCUGAGAAGGAUGGAUUCAGAAAUAAUGCCCUGGGCAGGGAGGGUGGUGACAAGGAAAGAGAGGGGGAGGUGCCAGGGAAGGGAGAGGCGAAGGAGAAAGGAGGAGAGGGAGAAGGGAAGGUUAAAAGGGCUGCGGCUACGAAGCAUGUGAUUGGCCGAGGGCAGUACCGUGUGUAUAGUUAUGAAGAGAUUCAGGCCGCGACAGACAACUUCAACCCGAAGAACCGGCUGGGCGAGGGCGCGUUUGGCACGGUGUACGGUGGGCGGCUGCACCACACACGCGUGGCGGUGAAGGUUCUUAAAGCCACAGACGUGGUCAAGGCCACCAACGAGUUUCAGCAGGAGGUGGAGGUGCUGAGUCAGAUACAGCACCCACACGUGGUGAUGCUACUGGGGUGCUGUCCGUCGCACCACUGCAUAGUGUACGAGUUCAUGGCCAACGGAACUCUCGAGGAGCGCCUGCUCUGCGCCAACAACUCGCCGCCCCUCCCCUGGUUCGCCCGCCUCCGCAUCGCCGCUGAAGUCGCCUCCGCGCUCCUCAUCCUCCACGCGCGCCCCAUCCCCAUCGUCCACCGCGACUUAAAGCCCGCCAACAUCCUCCUCGAUAAGAACCUAGUGGCAAAGCUUGGUGAUGUGGGACUGGCAAAGCUGAUGCCGGGAACGGGGUCACAGGUCCACACGCAUGCGCAUGAUUCAGUGCCGGUGGGGACUCUGGCUUAUGUCGACCCGGAGUUCCAGCGAACGGGGGACUACGGGCCGAAAUCCGAUGUGUACGCGCUCGGCAUUAUUUUAUUUGAUAUUCUGACUGGGCGCAAGCCGACGACUUAUGAGGAGUUAGAGGAGGCUGUUGAUGAGGAGGAUGAGGAAGCUUUUGGGAAGCUUCUGGACGAGAAGGCGGGCGAGUGGCCGAUCGGGCUGGCGAUGGAGGUGGCAAGGAUGGCAGUGCGGUGCAGUGAGAUGCGGAGGAAGAAACGGCCGGAUUUGGAGAGUGAGGUCAUGCCCCUGCUGGCUCGGGCGAGGGAUGAGGCGGCGGAGGCAGAGGAAGCUGCUGGGAAGGAGGGUGGGCGGUCAGGAGGGAGCAAGGACGUGCCCAAGCAGUUGCUGUGCCCGAUCAACAAGAAAAUAAUGGUGGAGCCAGUGUUAGCAGCAGACGGGUACACUUACGAGAAAGCAGCCAUUCAAAUGUGGUUGGAGCGAGCCGACCUAUCCCCCAUAACCAACGAGCCAAUGCCUCACAAGCACCUCAUGCCGAACCUCGUGAUUCAGCUUCUCGAGGCGCGCGGCCUGCCGCCCAAGGACAAUGGCGGCGCGCGAGACGCGUUCGUGCGGCUCCAGAUGGGCGCCUCGAAGGCGCGUAGCAAGAGUGUAGCUAAGGAAAACGAUCCGACGUGGCAGGAAGAAUUUCUCUUUUCGGUCAGCGACAUGGAAAAGGACGAACUGCUGCUAACGGUGUGGGACAAGAGCGUCUUUCUAGGGGAGGAAUUUCUCGGGCAGCUUGUGCUGCCCGUGCGACAGGUGAUGGCGUGCGACGGCUACGAGCUGGAGGCGACGUGGUUCCCGUUACAGAACAGGCCCGCGCGACCGCGCGCGACGGUUACAGGCGACAUUCUGAUUUCCGCCAGCCUGUGGGGCGUUUCGUCGUUAGUGGCGGAAUCCGCCUCCUCCUCCACCCUGCCAUCCAGCCCCCUCCUUCCGCCCACUCCUCCCCACUCCUCCCCUUCCGCCGGCCCGUCCACUCCCCCCCUUGCUGCGCCUUCCCCCUCGCCCUCCCCCACCCUCAUCACUACUAUGAGCUUCGCCUUCCCCAGACCCUCUUCCGCCGCCCCUCCCUCGUCCGCCCCUUCCCCCUCUAUCCCUGCCUUUUCUCUCCCGUUGCGCCGCCAUACGGACCCGUCUGUUACAGUCACACCAGCUGCUCUCUCCCCGUGCAAGGAAGCAGACGAGGGGGAAGCGUGGGGCGGGCCCAUGCCCGGGGAGCUAGCAGGAGGCGGUGUGUUGGUGGAGCAUGCCUUUGAUGCCGCCCCUCACGUGCUCUUUGCUGCCCUAUUCAAGCCUGACUCGCCCUUCUUUCAGGAAUUCGCCGCCGGGCCCAUGCCCGGGGAUCUAGCUGGAGGCGGUGUGCUGGUGGAGCAGGCCUUUGAUGCCACCCCACAUGUGCUGUUUGCUGCCAUCUUUAAGGCCGACUCGCCCUUGUUCCAUAGAAAGACAGAUUCGACCUGGAUCCAACAGCCGCAUUUCCUGCAGAGCACCAUGAUGAAAAGCAUGAUAGAGAACGGCAUGCGCACCGGCCUCAAAGACACCUAUGCCACCUUCCUCUCUGUGCUCACGAAGCACGUCCCUCCCUUCGUUUCCACCACACCAUCCACCUCCCUCUCCCAACCCUCGACGUCCCCUCCUCCCUCCUCCCCACUCGCCCGCUUCCUCUCCCGCCUCGGCGUCCCCCCCCGCCUCCACCCCUCGGAAGCGGCAAUCGCCGAGGCUGCACUCCGGGCGGCAGGCCCACUUGCGCUCUUUGUCCUUUUCCUCGCAGUGGUGCUGCUGCCGAUGCACCUGGUGCUGGUGGCACGGGGAGGGGCAGGGGUGGUGCUGCCGCUACUAGACCUACCGGAUAGCCUGCUGGAGCUGCUAUGGUGCGCCGUGAUUCUGAUCUCCACCAAGCAUGUGGUUACCAUGGCACGAGGCAUCAUUGUUUCCAAAUACAUCAAGAAUGCGCCUUCCAUCCUGGAGAUCGAGGUUUUCAACUACGAUGGACCCUUCUCGGAACCUUCCCUGCUCGGCCGGGCAGAAAUAAACUUCCUCCGCCAGUCGGCGCAGGACCUCGCGGACCUCUGGGUGCCCCUGGAGGGCAGGCGGGCGAAAUUUCAAGCUGCCCGGAUCCAUGUUCGGGUGCUUCUGACGAAUACCUCUGAGGAUGUGGCCCCUCUGAUGCUUCAGAAGAUUAGCAAGGAAGUGGGCAGCAAGGGGGGCGUGAGGGAGUUUUCAGCGCAGAAGAAUCUGGCCUUCCAGCGGCUGUUUGACCUACCGGAGAGCGAGUGCCUCAUAAACGACUUCUCCUGCAUUCUCAGGAAAGGGCUGCUCUCCCAGGGCCGCCUCUUCCUCUCCCCGCGCCUCCUCGCCUUCUACUCUUCAGUCUUUGGCACGCGCAUCAAAUUCACUCUCCUCUGGGAGGACAUCGAUGGGAUAGACGACAGCGUCCCGUCUCUCUUCGACCCUGCCUCGCUCGCGCAAACGGCCAAGAACCAGACAACUGCCUCGCUCGCGCAAACGGCCAAGAACCAGACAACUGCCUCGCUCGCGCAAACGGCCAAGAACCAGACAGCCGCCGCCGGCCAGAAAUCCGGCAUGAAGACCUUCAAGCGCAUGCUCAACCCGGCCAUCACUGUCUUCGUCAAAAAGGACAAGGGGACGGCGGAAACCCGGGCAGCGGCGCACGGCGUGGACUCGCAGGGGCGGCUGAAGAUCCGAUUCCAGUCAUUCGUCCGCCCAGGAGUGGCCUUCCGUCUUGUCCUGGCCUUGUGGCGAAACCGCAACCUCCCCACUGACCAGCAGCUCGCUCGAGCCAAGGAGGAGGGAGGCGUGGCAGAGGUUAGUGGGGAGAGAGGCGAGGGUACCAAUGUGGGGAGGGACGGGGGAGCUGGAGCAGCAGCAGGAGGUGCCACUAGCAGCAGAGGCGACUUCUGGGGGGGGAGAGGGGGGGCGGGAGGGGGUCAGGAGGUGACGGAUUCCCGAAGGGAGUCUAUCGCGGUGGAGGAUGGUGGAGGGGCGUUUGUGGGAGUGGAGAUGAGGGAGGUGAUAGAUGACCAACUAGUGGCCGUACCCAUCACGGUACAGCAGUUCCUGACCUCGUUUGAGGACCCAGCAGUCGCUGCAGCUGUGAUGGAGAAGGCGGGGCAGAUGGGGGCGGAGAUCAGUGACUGGGAGGUCCCGGUCCUCUCCCCAACUGUGACAGCGGUGCAGCAGAUGACUCAGGAAGCCAGCACUCCAGGCAGCAACACCCCGGGCGGCACCCCGGGCGGCGGCCAGGAGGGCGCCAUCCAGUGGGCAUGUUUGGAGCAAGUGCUCACUCUCCACAGAGUGCCCUUCAGCGACAGCUUUCAGUUGGAGAUUUUCCAAGAGAUCCAAGCCAAGGGAGUAUUCACCCUGCCAGGAGCAACCGCAAGCACGGCAGCAGGCACAGCAGCUGGCACAGCAGCAGGCGAGGGCAGCGCAGCAGAUACAGGCCUGUCCUCAAGCACCUCAGAAGCUGCUGGAAGCGCCGCCAGGAAAGCAGCUGCUGUUGCCUCCGCACUGGCUGCUGCAGCAGGCGCACUCAAGCUCACAUCACGCGGAGGGGCAGCAGCAGCAAGCGGGACAGCAGCAGGGGACAGCGGAGGAGGAGCAGGUGGGGAGAGAGGAACACCAGGCGGAACAGCAGCUGGAGCGAGCGGGUUACAAGAGGGGGUGUUGCGAGAUGAAAAGGUGCGGUCGGUGCUGCACGUGCGGGUUGCAAUCGCGUGGCACAAAGAGCUUAGUGAAGCGACACGCGCCAAGAUCAAGAGCAGCAUCGGGCGAUUCUACAAGCAGCAGGCUCGCCGGGUCGUCGACCUCAUGGCUGCUCACGUGGCCUGA